AUGGAGAUGAGCUCAAGAUUGGCUUUUCCAAUGGCUUUUUUCUUAGUGUUAUUGUUGGUAUGGGUCAAUGAAGUUUGUGGUGAAUCCAACACUUUUAAUGUGAAGGACUUUGGUGCAAUUGCAGACGGAGAAACAGACAAUAGCAAGGCUUUGUUGAACGCAUGGAGCAAAGCAUGCCAAGAGAAGGAUCAAGGCACGGUUUUGAUCCCGUCAGGAACGUUCAUGGUGAAAGCGAUCACGCUCCAAGGCCCAUGCAACGAUCAAACAGCGUUUCAGAUCGAUGGAGUUUUACAAGCUCCUUCUGAUCCUUCAUUUGGUACUGACCAUUGGAUUAACUUUAAGAGUAUCAAUGGUUUGAAAGUCCAUGGAAAUGGGAAAUUGGAUGGCCAAGGAGCUUUGGCUUGGUCACAGACCACAUGUGGUGGGAAUGCCGAUUGCAAGAUUCCUCCAGUAAUAUCAGCACCAGGUAACAGCCGUAACACUGAUGGAAUCCAUGUUAGCAAAUCAAAAAACAUUCAAAUAUUGAAUUCCAGCAUUGCCACCGGAGAUGAUUGUAUAUCCAUAGGCCCUGGGAAUACAAUCAUUUCCAUUUACGGUAUUUCAUGUGGACCUGGCCAUGGAAUUAGCAUCGGAAGCCUCGGAAGAUACCCCGACGAAAAGAAUGUCGAUGGAAUUUGUGUAAGAAACUGUACUUUUAACAACACCAGCAAUGGUUUGAGGAUCAAAACAUGGGCUCCUUCCCCACCCAGCAAAGUUACUGGUGUUACUUUUCAAGACAUUGUUAUGUACAAUACAGGCAAUCCUAUUAUCAUUGAUCAACAAUAUUGUCCUGCCAAACCAUGCAGUGCCAAG